GACGUCCCACGACAAGAGAGAAAGAGAAAGAUAAAGAGAGAGGAAUCCCAAAUGGCUAAGCUUAGUAGAGCAAGCGGUAGCAAAAGGAGUGGCAUUGUGAAGCUCAAGAUUGUGGUGGAGAAGCUACAAAAGAGCCUGUCGAUCGGUAGGAGAUCGCCAUCUCCAUGGUCAUCCUAUUAUCACCGGGAGGACGACUAUGAGAGCGAGAAUGGUGGCGACGUCGUGCCCGACGACGUGAAGGAAGGUCACUUUGCUGUGGUGGCUCUGGAAGGUGACCGGCCCAAGAGGUUCGUGAUCCCCUUGAGCUACCUAGCGCACCCCACGUUCCUCAGGCUCCUGGAGCAGGCGGCCGAAGAAUACGGGUUCGACCGUGAAGGCGCACUUGCCAUCCCUUGCGAGCCUAGCGAGCUCGAGAGGAUUUUGGCUUAGCUAGAGUCUAGGGAGACAGACGACCCUUCUCAAAUCAAUAACUCAGCGUGGCGAGAGGAGGAAUCGACUAAGGCGAGAUUCUAACGAGUAACGACGACCGAGAUGAAUUCUUGUGCGGGUACGCGUGGAUCAAAUGGGUCGGUAUCCAAAAGUACGAGAUGGGUUAGGCUUUUGCCCAGUCUUCUUAUAGACUAGUGGUGCCCACCCAUUUGACGAUGGCGACCCUUCCUCUAGUCCCAUGUGUUUCCUUGUGAUCGAGCUCUUUGGAGGCCAUAUAGUGCUACUUAGUCAUUGGGUGUCCACGUGAUGACUAAUGUACUUAAUUAGUCAAAUUAAAUUGGAGGUUCGCGCCAUGAAUAAUAUGCUUGGUGUAAUGUCCAAAAGCUUUGAGACAUGUGUACCUUAGGUAGGUAGAUGGAAUAACAUGGUCACUCUCGCAAAAACCUCCUUUGUUUAUGUUCAAUGAUGUUUCUGAUCUUCAUGGAACUGCCUCUCUUUGCCCAUAA